AUGCCCUUUAUUCAAUGCCAACAAACCAACAAUGCCCAGAACCAAUCCCUUGACCUCUCUAUCUCCUCCUUUGUCCUCACCAUUCCCCCAGUUCUCCAUAAAUACAGUACCCUCCCUCCCUCCCCCCACACAAGCUCCACCUACUCCCCGCCAGACAAGAUGCCAGCCAUCCUCUCCUGGCAAGACAACCUCCUCCAAGAAUGUACCACUUUUAAACACAACCUACAAUCACAAAGCUCCAUCCUCCGCCACCGCCCCGCCCACCGACACACAGAACGCAACAGCGACGCCUCCCGCGCCGUCAUAGCCCUCUCCCUACACACAGAUCGCAUCGUGGAAAUCGGUCUUAGUAUGAUCUCCAAUGAACCGGGCAGCGCACUUAUCAGCCGUGACCCUUCCUACUGGCACCGCGAGGGUGAGCGUAGGUCUACGUUCGAGAGUGUGUUUAUGAACAUGGAGCGAGAGCUGGAUCAGAUGGCCUUGUCGCUUAAGAGGCAUCUGCGGCAGCAGGAGUGUAGGGAGAUUUCGGCGAGGUUGGAGGAGAUGGCGGGGAAGGUUGAGUAUAUACUCCGGGAUUUUGUUUAG